AUGGCACCCAAAUGUAUUUUCGUGGCACUUAAUCUUCUUGUCAUAUUUGCACUUGUGUCUGGAUGUGAAAAGUGCCCUACUCCAAGCCCAAGCCCAAGCCCAAGCCCACCGAGCACCAACACCAGCAGUGUUAGGGUUACAGGCCUUUCAGAUUCGUCGUGCCCACGUGACGCACUCAAACUAGGCGUCUGCUCAAGCUUCCUGAACGGGUUGAUGAACUACUCCAUUGGUCUGCCCCCAACCACCCAUUGUUGCUCCUUCUUCGAAGGCCUUGCUGACUUUGAAGUUGCAGUGUGCCUCUGCACUGCUCUCAAAGCAAACAUUAUGGGCUACAACAUCGACAUUCCCAUCUCAUUUACAAACCUUGUCAAUGUUUGCUCAAAGGAUGUCCCAAAUGGUUUCCUAUGUUCCUGA